AAAAAGGAUUGACAUUCGCCUCUGUACAUGAUAGUUAUUGGUCGCAUGCAUGUGAUGUAGAGACUAUGAAUAGUGUUAUACGCGAACAAUUUUUUCGACUUCACAGUCAACCAAUAAUGGAAAAUCUUCGAAAUGAAUUUAUUGAACGUUAUAAAGGGUAUAAAGUUCCAAUUAAAGUGUUAAGAAAAGAUUUAGAAAGGUUAAAAUUAGAAAAGAUUGCGAAACUUAAAUCGGACAAUUCUAAGAAAAUAGCACCAGUAGUAGUAGUGGAUAAUGGAUACGAAGAUACCAUAAGUUUGGAUGAUUUGAUUAAAAUGGCACAGAAAUCCCAAUCAGAAGAUAUAAAAUUAGAGUUAGAGGAAGGAGAACUAAAAUUAAAGAAAAAAAGACAACCUUCGAUGUAUGUGCACACAUGGGUAGAUUUAACGUUUCCGGAAUUACCGAAACGAGGAACUUUUGAUAUAGAAUCA